AUGCGUCGAAGAAAUAAGAUUAAGCCCAGGUUGCCCAAUCUCUCAAUUUCGGACUCAGAACAGACUACAGAAGGAAGCUCAUCUCAUCGUACACAGAAUACACGAAAUGUGAAUGUUAAAUUAGUUCAUACCAACGACUUUGAUGAUGAUAUUGACGAUAAUACAUAUGAUGCCGAUGGGACUCCCUUUGGAGGGCAGCAUAAUGGUUUAGAGAAGAUUGAGCAGAAACUUAGAAACCGGAAGAAGCAGAUGUUAAAUGUAAUAUCGCAUGAUGAAGACGAAAGUAACGCAGAUGAUAAACACCAGUUCUAUUCAAAGCUUUUCAAGAGCUCCAAUAAGAGUUCCAAUAAAAAGGAUAAAGUCAGUAUUGUCAAUCUAGAAGAUCUUUCUCAAGAAGAAGAAGGAGAAGAAGAUAGUCAAGACGAUGAGGGGCGCAUGUACCCUAGUGAAAAGCAAAUCCAAGCCAUCAAGCAAAAGAAGGCCAUAGAUAGACAGAAAUACAAUACUGAAUCCACUGGUUUCUACAACAGUACGGGUAAGAGUAUCGAGUAUAACGAAAGGGCGUAUGCGAAACUCCUUGACCAGGAUGAUAAGGAAAUCUUAAAUGAUGUACUCAAUAGGGGUAAUAAAGGCCCCCCUUCUGAAAGAGACUUUUCAGAUGGUUCUAAUGACUAUAUUGACAAUGAAAAGCUACCACUAAGCAAGCUAGAGCGUGAAUCUGAAGCUCACCGUCGUAAGAUUGAAAUUGAGAGCGCACUGAACGAUGAUAGCGUUGUCGGAGAUGAUUGGGAGUCGAACCAGCUAAAGAAACUGGCUAACAAAGAUAUAUCUGUUGCGAGGAAACGUCUGCCAGAAUUAGCUGUAUUGGAUGAACGGGAUGAUCUUUGUCUGACAGAAUUAGCAAUCCGUCUAUUACGUAUUAGCCAAGAAGAUCCGAAAGUUGCAGUGGUAGAAAAGCAACUGGGAUUAAUACGGGAAGAAAUAGGAGCAUUAACUAUGCGUCAGAGUGAGCUGAUAACAUUACUGGAUAGACAAGUAUAA